AUGACGAGACUGAUCAGAUCAAACUUCAUCACGAUGCGCGGCCUUGUCGGCGAGCUUUCCUCCAAGCUUUCCUCCAACACAGCACCCGUCAACAUCACCGUGCCAUCAGCAGCAGCGGCGACGGCUAUUACGACCGAGGAUAACUCCAUUUCCAUCGUACCCCAUCCAUGUCUCCCUUCCAACGGCGAAGGCGAGGGCAUGUGGAGAUGGCCGGCGUCGUCCAAGACAUGCACCGAUAAAGAGUGCAAAGAAACCGGCGGGCUGCCCGCCAGGAUGAACCUCGACGAUAUAUACAAAAGGGGAGCAGGCGUCAUUGAGAGGGCUCAGGGCGAUUGGGAGGUCUACAACCACUAUUUCAAAAUCUACCUGCGGCAGGAGGAGCUUUGGGACAAGUACAAGCACUUGAUGGGGCUUUCAAACGUCAUUCGGAGUGGUCAUGCUUCGGGAGUCGUGACAGACCGAGUAGGACUGAUGUUUUUCGACAAAGACUACUACAAAGGCUUCUUCGACGACGACACCAUUGGGGCUAUCUCGAAGAUGGAGGGCGUGAAGAAGAUUGAGCAUAUGAGAAAGCUUGCGGGAAAUGAAAGGCCAUAUGACGAUUACUUGUCUUAA